AUGCUCACGUGGAGUUGUUAUUAGUUCCCAACUCUGCACAUACAUGCUCCUCAGGAGUGACUCUCCUGGAAGGAUACAUUCUGUCAUUGGACAUUACAAACCUGGAAUGAUGAACAUAAUGAAUGAGGAGCAGAUGGAGAACGGAAUGGACUCCGAUGAUGAUCUUCAACCCGAGGAGAUACCCGAGUACCUGAAAGACAGGAGAAGAGCCAAGUCCUUACCUGCGUAUCCAGAGCAGGUGAAUCUGUACCACCAGAUCUCCCAGAGCUGCAGGAAACGCGUGAAGUUCGCGGACGCGCUCGGGUUGAAUCUGGCGAGCGUCAAGCACUUCAGCACCAGCGAGGAUCCUCAUAUUCCCGCCAAAGUGUUUAACAGGCUGAAGAGUUUCCCUCUUCAUAAGGACCGGGACUUCAUGGAUGACUUGUGCGUGAACAUCAAGUCCACUCUGGCACUGGACUAUCUGGUCCCGACGUUCAAGAUGCCCGUGGACUCCGGUGACAUGCACACGCGGCUCGCGCGCAGUCGUGUCGCGCUGGAAAGCGUCACGGUCACACAGUUUGAUGUCCGUGGGAUCAUACGGGCGGUGGGUAGGAGAGAGGUUGGGGUCAGGUAUACUUUCAACGACUGGCUGUCGUUCGUGGACGCGCAAGCCAUCCCCGUGCCCACCGAGGACAAGACGCGCGGAGAGCGCUUCUCCUUCACCAUGUACACGCCUCCUUUCUUAGAUCCGAGCGCUUCUGUGCACUUCGCCGUGUACAUGAGGGAAGAUAACUCUGAGUUCUGGGACAACAACGAUGGGCUGAACUAUUCCCUGAAGUACCACAGCUCGACAUCCAGUGAAACCGCAGCUUUCCACGCGAUAUGAAGUGACGCGCUUUUACGCACAGCACGCUGCGCCAAAUUGGUGCGUUUUGAUCACACAAAUGACUGAAACGAAGGACUAAUAUUACAAAAAAUACAUGAAUGUGCUCUCAAGGGGAUGCCAACAAGGUUAUACGAUAUAUGGAGUGGACUGACAUUCAAGUCAAGUCAUCUUUGUUUCAAUAGCGCUUUAUACAAUACGGAUUUUGAAAGCAGCUUCACAGUGAUAAACAGGAAAAUCGGCUGUAAAGCAGAUCUAAAAUGACAAGUGUCAUUAUUCAGCUCAGUUCAAUAAAUAAGUUCAUUAAUUAUGAAAUGAGUUAAAAUCAGCUAUAAGCAGCUUUAUAGAAGACAGUAGAGUUGUAAUUCAGCUCGAGUUCAGUCAGUUCAGUGCUGAUGUUGCAAAAUUGGUCAAUUAUGAAACAAAGUAGUAUCAGAUAUAAAGCAGCUCUGUGGUGUCUUCAUCCAGCUCAAUUCAGUUAAAGUUUUGUUCUCAUCCAAUAGCGUGAGAACAAAUAGAUGACACUGAAUAUUGAGUUCAGUAAUAAAAGUAACGUCCUGGUAAAAUCUGUUUUAAUUGAAUUUAAAAAAAUUAAAAUGAUAUUUUAGUUGUUCCAAACCCAAAAAUUGUUAACGAAAGAAGAUAUGUUGCAGAAUGUCCAAGCAGAAUGCUCUGAUCCAUACAUAGAAAGUGGACGAGGGCUGUCGAACUCCAAAAAAUCACCAUAAAAGUACCAUAAAGGUGGCACAUUUGUCUCAUGUGCUGUACUAUUCUGUCACAAGAAUAUUUUGUGUGAGGAACAGACUGAAAUUUAAAAGGUUGGUUCACCCAAAAAUGAAAUUUCUGUCAUCAUUUACUCACCCUCAUGUCGUUCCAAACCUGUAAGACAUGUUGUUCAUCUUCGAAACACAAAUUAUGAUAUUUUUGAUGAAAUCCAAAAGGUUUUUUAUCCCCCAUAGAAAGCAACAUAAAUACCACAUUCAAGGUCCAGAAAAGUAGCAAAGACAUUGUUAAAAUAGUCAACGUGACUGCAGUGGUCCAACCUUAAUGUUAUGAAGCGACGGGAAUACUUUUUGUGCGCAAAAACAAAACAAAAAUAACAACGUUAUUCAACAAUUUCUUCUUUACCCUGUCAGACUCGUUCGCUGAUUACAUUGUAUAGACAGUGCAGCGUUUCCAGGUUCUGUCAGAACACCGGCUCAUUAUUGGCCGACGCUGUUCACAUGAGCAGCACGACGCAUUCGUGUGAUGCUGACACAAGAGCCAGUGUUAUUUCUUUUUGUUUUUCUGAAAUCUUGUCUUCUGCAUUUGCUUCACAUUUGCAUUUAAACACAGCACGAUCUGUCUGCACUGUCAGGAAAAAAGGUACGGUGCAAAGGUAAAAAGGUACUAAUAUAUACUUUUAAAGUACUAAUAUGUACCUUUAAUGUGCACCAUUUAGGGGUAAGAAGGUACAAAGAUGUACCUUUUCACUUUUGUACUGCCCCAGUGACAAGCACUGUACCUUUUUUUCUGACAGUGUGAGAUGCAUAGAAAUAAUGAUAUGUGACGCUUUUUGAAUAUGCAAAUCAGAUCUUUUUAGUGAGAAAAUGACUUGAAUUUUGGACUGUUUCUUACUCAUACAAAGCUAUUGUAUGACUCCAGAAGACUUGGAAUAUUGUGCACAAGAUGCUUUAUGGUUCCUUUUUGAAGCUUGACAGUUUUGUUGCAUGGAAAAGAGAAGCUUGGACAUUCUUCACAUUUUCUCCUUUUGUGUUUCAGAGAAGAAAGAAAGUCAUAUAGGUUUGGAAUUACAUAAGGAUGAGUAAAUGAUGACGCAAUUUUCAUUUUUUUAGUUGAACUAUUUAAAUAAGGCAAGGGAUGCAAUCUGGUUUUCUUUCACAAAUGAGUCGUGUCAUUUAUUUAUAAUUUCAAAUGUGUUGUUUCCAUCAUGGCUGCACAGUUAUUGACACUUUUCUUUAUUUCUUUUUGCAAUGCAGAGACUUAACAUAGAGGAAACCAUUCAACAAUGCAUUAUGGGAUUUUAUCAGUUCCAUUUGGGACAACCAACAGAUGCUGCUGAAAUUUCCUUCUCAAUAAACUCUGCUUUAGCUGUGUUGGACUUUAAACUUAAAAUGUCAAGGAACUACUUAGGGGUCAAAACUACAUAAUUGAAAAGACACCUGAAUAAACGGUUAAUAACUGCACAUUGUAUUGUAUGUAUUGUAAAUCAUUCAGUAGAUUGAAUGGCAUUCUGCAUUGAUAGCAGUAUAAAGAGUUGGAAGACACCAGAACUGAAUGUUUACACUUCUCUCAGUAUGAGGACAGAGAUUGGCUGUGUUGAAAGUAAAGUAGGUCUAAUAAUAAGUCUGUGUGUAUGCAUAUGAGAUACGCUAUCUAUCAUUGUAACUAAAGUCCAGCUUUGCCACAGUUUUUCCCUCCAGUGUUUGUUUGGCCUAUGCAUCUGUUUGACUAUAUGAGCACACAGAGGGAAGGCGGCGUUCUGUUUUGCAAUAUGCAAAUGUUUGUUUCAACAUAUGCAAAUAUUCUUUAUGUAUGCACAUGAGAUUUCAUGUACUAGCUGAGAUUAUACUCAGUAAAUGAUGAUUGAGAAAGUGCA